AUUGGGUAUUUCCAGUGAGUUUCUUACAGACCUGCUGUACACUUUCACUUCUCAUUUAGGAGGCUUUAAGGGCUGGUCACUAGUAAAUAGUUCCUUAUUUGUCUGACGAGUCAGUGCAAGUGAAAGAAAUUCUGUUAACAAGUUGAGAAGAAAGCAUCCCGGACUGAAAUGGCAGAAGAAGAACAGAGAACUCUGUUAAAUAACCAACCGACUAAUGCAGAUUCUGUUGUCAGCAUAGAUGGAAGUGAAAACAGAUCCCGUGCAAAUGGAAUCAAAUGGGCAAGCAUUUCAGUCUUUGUGGCACUGUUGAUUGCAGGACAGGCCAUUUGUAUCUACUAUGUGCUUCAGCAACAAGGACAGAUAACCACUUUGCAGACAAAAUCAAUAAAUCUACAGCAAGAAAUGAUUAAGAGACCUGUUCAACGUCCUGUUCCCCCUAAGAAGCUCAAAAUGGCUAUGUUCCACAUGCCUUUGGCAUUUAGUGAAGACUUUGUAGAGAAGGAAAAAAGGGCUAACUCAAACAACAUGACUACUGAAGAAAAAGUUGAGUUCUUCCUGAAGAAGUGGAACCCAGAUAUGAGCUCGCCUAAAUUAGAGAAGACUUUCCUGGAGAACCUAAACCAGUUGAAGUUUAAGAUGGAUUUUGGUGAAUGGAUGACUUUUGAAUCCUGGAUGAAGCAAUGGCUCCUGUUUCAGCAGUUGCUGAAGACAAAUGAAGUUCCAUCACCUCCUGGUCCUCCAUCAGAAACUGAAAUGACUCGAGUGCAGACCAAGUGCCAGCUGGAAGCAGCUACAGUACCCCCCAUCCACCUGGGCAAGUUCAAACCGAAGUGUGAUGAGCAGGGUGAUUACAUUCCAGUCCAGUGCCAUGCCAGCACUGGAUACUGCUGGUGUGUGGACAAGAAUGGUCAUGAGAUCCCUGAUACUAGGACACGUCAACAUCCAAACUGUACAAGUAGUGGUGAAUUUGAAGGAACAACUUCAAUGAUUAAGAAAGAAGAAAACAUGCUAAAACUGUUUACUGCUACAUAGGCCAGCCUUGACAAGAGACUGAAGAAGCCAGAAUGUCAGUAGAAGACAAAUGUAUUUGAAGAUCUGCAGUUCAUCUGAAAGCAAAUCAUUUUCUAUUUUCACUUGUUUUAUACAUCCUGCUUGUUGACAAUCCGUGAUUUUCCUUGAUAUGCCUCUUAGAAAAUUUAAUGGAUCUUUUUGGAGAACUUUGUUUUAUUUUCUAUAGGUAACUCUCACUCACUUGAUUAACUUUUCUGUCUGGCAAGGUGCUACUUUGAUUCAUGAAGUAGGUUCACAUACAAGCUUAAAGAAACUGAUAGGCUGAAUAUUUUCAUUUAGUUCAUUUGCAAGCUUUUGAGCAGUAUCUUAAAGGUAGAUGCACAUGCUUGAGGUAGAAGUUGUUUGAGAAUCUUUAAUUGGAUUAUUCAGGGGAAAUUUAAAACCAUCAUUAAUGGGAUCAGUUAGGCACUGAAAAUACAAUUUGUUCAACAGAAAUGUCUUUCGGACAUAUAUGAAAUGCUGCCAUGUAAUCAAAGAAGCUUACUUGCUGAGUGUGUUUAUAUUGUGCUGUCCCGUAACAUCAUAGUGUGCCAAAAACCGAUUACGCAUUCCAUCUUAAUUUGAGGUUAUACAGGUUCUACUUUCUGUUCUAAAAGACUUUCAUUCAUUGGAUUACUCUGUAUUUUAUGCAUAUAUUUUGAUUGACUUUUAAAUGUAUAAUAGACACAAGCAUCACUUAUUUCUCUAUUUUAAUUUUUCUGUAGUGUUCUCUGCUAUGUAUGUAGUAGAGCAUGUGAGAUUUCUAAGUCUGUAUAAUUAACAGGAUAUAUGUGAUUAAGUAAACAGGAUAUGGGGCAAGUUACCUGCAUGGCUGGAUAGUCAUUAUUUUUGUUAACUAAUCUUAGUAAUGUAUUUUUUCUGAAAAAUAUUUGUUAAAAUCUAAUAAAAUAUUUGCCUGCAGGCAAUAUGUGUUUCACGUU